AUGUAUUAUCUUUCAGGAACUGAGCAACAGCGGAUAAAUGUUGCUCCUUCUUCAGAAUCUUUUACCAACUGGAGAUCUGUAUUAUCACCAACAUGGCCUUCUAAAGAACUUGAGUCUUCCUCAGUGGGUGACAUUUCAAUGAGGCAAGCUUUGGAGAAUGCUAAUCUGCUUCAGAUAAUAAAAAGUACAUUAGCAGGAACUCGGACCAGAACUAUGGACCAAACUAGGUUUUUACCAAGUCUCUAUCAAGGCAGUGGCAACAGUGCAUCCCAGGAGCCUUCAGAGGUAUCAACUGAAUCACCAGUGAAGUCUCAGGAAGCUGAUGAAAUGACUAUUGUAUCAGGUUUGCCUCAAAUUAGUGUGCUCUCUGCAUUGUCUGCAUCGCCAUCAGUGACACAUCCAGCUACUAUUGUGUCAUCUCAGAUAAUUCCAUGUACAACACCUUCCAUUUCAAAUGAAAACACAUUAAGAUCAGACAUACGUCCAAACUUUCCAUUAUCAUCCCCUUUGUCAUUGACAAAGGAUACACCUCAUAUCAUUGUUGUUUCCAAGUUGUCUGUGCCAUCCACCAAAAUGCCUUCGUCCAUAAAUGUGAAACAUUCAUUCAGCAUGAACAGAACUAAUUCUAACUUGAAUAAAAAAUCAGAUAAUUCACCGAGCACAACAAAAUAUAUGUUAUCCAGAAAGGUUGGCAAUGAAUCUUUGAUUGCUACCUCCUCUAGUUAUAAUUUUGGAUUGAUUAAUAAGCAUCCCAUAGAAACAACCAAGAGAGAGAUAUAUCCAAAGAAUAGGAAAUGGCAUCCGUUUGCUUUCCGUGCAUUAAUACCCAGUCAGUUUUUUCAUGUAUCACCUACUCAGAUAGCUGCACUGAGUUUUAGAAAAAAUUCUUUUUCUGGAUUAAUUCAUAAAGCAUCUUCCACCACAGUGCUCACAACUAAACCAGUGAAUAUCACAACAUCUCUGAAAAAAAGUAGCAUCUUUGUAACCACAUCAUACCCAGUUCUUAAAAACAAGAAAACAGUUCCAUGGAUUUCUACAUCAGCUCUCCAUACUUCAGGCACUCUGUCUUCAUUAUCAAAAACCAUUAAUGGUGUGUCUUCUAUGCUACUGUCAAAUUCUACAAGAGAGAGAGCAUUAACAUCUCCCAAAAGUCAAAGAUUUUCUCAUAUAUUGACUAGUGUAUCUUCCUCAACAGUGCCAACUCUAGUUACUUCAGAAGCAAUAAGAAAAGAUAAUGCAAUAGCGCAAAUACCAGCAUCAACAACCAUUCCCACCUCCUAUUCAACAGAUGACAUUCCUUCCAUAAUUAUGAGGACAAAUUGGCCAUUUUACAUAGCAGCUCAUUCUACUGUUUCAACAUCAAAUCCUAAAGUUGUUUUGGAGAUUAAUUUAACAAAUUCUCAUGUCACAGAAUCAACCCCGGUUUUCAAAAAAGAUACUCCUGAUAGAAAUUAUGAAGCUACUAUAGGGCCUCCUAAUUUUUCUGUGGAGAGAUUAUUGCAACGACAGUCUUUCACAAAGGAUUCUACAAUGUUCACAACUGAUGGUGCUAGUAAUAUUCUUCCAUACUGGUUCCUAGGGACACCGUCCACAAAUUUUGCUCUAGAAAUUCCUGUCAGCAAACAAACACCAUGGCGAAAAAUGCUUCAGAAUGUUUUUUCACAAGAAAGGACAACCCUUACAGCUUUUCCAGUUUCUUUGCCAACUUCUUUUAGAGACCUUUUGAAAUCUCAUUCUACUACCACAUUUAUAUCUCCACUUAAUGUUUCUAGAAAGCUAAAGCUAAUAGAAUCUAAAAAACAAAACACAACUCUUAGUUUAAUAAAACAAGAGAAAAAAUCAGCAGUAUUCACCACUUUAGCCUCACAUUCAAAACAUUUAUCUCAACCACUUUUAAAUAAUUCUGCUGCUGAAAUACGUGAACAUUCACAUAUGGCUGAUACAACGUACAAGACUACUAUGGCAACUUCAGGCAUAUAUGAGUUGGCCUCAAUUAUUUCAUCAAAAGAACAUUUGAAGACCCCGGCAACAUUUUCCUUGAUACUUUCUAGUGCAGUUUCAAAAAGCAACUUAGAUAUGUUAAAUAUGACUUUAAUUCCUCACUUGGACAAUGGAGAUUGGCAGUCUACUAGCGAUGGCAGUCUGUCUUCAGGAAAGAAAACAGCCCAAAUAUUCCUAACUACCAAAGAUUAUGCAAGUCACACAGCUUUAGAAAGAACAUAUUCAAAGAUUCCAGUCUCAGAGCAGUCAACAAGCUAUGUAAAUAGCAAACCUUCCAGUUCUGCUGUAUCAUCCAUUAAUGUAACUGCAACAUCUGCUCAGCAUGUUUCAAUUUUGCCUUUCACUAAAAUGAAGUCGAAAGGUUUCUCAGAAUUUAACAUACCCUCAUCUUCCAUAGAAACAUCUUAUUCAUCCUCUUUUCAGAACCAAAGCACCCUGUCAGAGAGCAUAGAACUGCCAUCAUUACAGUCAAAACCACACAUAUAUGCAUCACAAAGUUUUCUGGAAAAUUUCACAGUUGGGAAUACUGAUUUCAUUUCAGGCUCUGAAAAGCAGUCCCAUUCUACAUCUAAAGAUUUCACAGCUACUAACACUAGAACAUCUAAUCUGGAUACAUUUUCUACAGCUGUGUCAACACAUUCUCACUCAUGGCUAUUUGUUUCUUCUGACAAAAUCCACACAAUACCCAAACCUCAGACAACUAAUUCUGAAAAGCUCUUUGCAUCAACAAAGAUCUUUUAUACAUCACUUCCAUUUUCAUUGGCUUCUCAGUUCAUUGCUAAAUUAACUGUUCCAGUAAAUAAUGAAAUUAGUGCUAUUAGUAAUAAAAAAGUAACAGUUCCUCCUAUCCUGGUAGUAAGCUCAGUGCCAACAUUAAAUGUCACUGAAGAAUACUCAACUUUGAGAAAAACAACAGAGUUUGUAAAUAACUUUAACUCAAAAACACAUAAUCAAUUGAGCAAACCAUCUACAGCAUUAACUACAGGAAUGUUGUACACAAAUGAUACAAAUAAUACCCAAGGUACAGUUAAAAUGCCAAAUGAGGUCACUACAAUCACUCCAUUGCAAACACAUACCACUUUUGCAACCAUCAUAACUUCUAUCCAUGCAUCACAAACGCAACUAACUUCUUUGUUGCCAACAACCAACUUUACCCAUUCUGUCAUUACAGUGUUACCGUCUGUGUCUCCUGGUGUAGUACCAUCUCUAGCAACUUCAGAAGCAACACCAGUUACAGGAAAAUCAGCUCCAACAUCACCAAUGCUGACUUCAUCCUUGUUCUCACUGAGCACUGACAAUUCACCAUCUGUGAUGGCAUUAAGCACGUUAAAAUCAACAUUAGCAAAAAAUAACACUAUCACAAAAAUGGCACCAACUUUAAGCCCAGUAGUAAUACAUGCAAACUUUCCAGUUGUAUCGAGGGAUGAUUCUACAAUACCUGUAUAUAUCACUAGUUCAUCCCCAAUUCAGAAAUUUAGUACAGUUUCAGUGCCCACAACACAUGUACCAAGACAAACUGAAACUUUACUUGACACCAAGAAAUCCACAAGCCCAGACAUCACUAAAACAUCAACUGCAUACCCAUUGACAAUGACAGCAGCUUUGACAUCUAUUACAGCAUCAGCGAAAACAGCUAGACUUCUCCCUACAUCUGCUGAAAAUGCUUCUGUUGCUGUUACUGCAUCAGUGUCAACUGCAGCUUUUGUUAAUGUGACAACAGUUCUCCCAUUGGAAUGCCAGCUGUCCAGAAACCUGCUUGUUAAGACAGUAUUGUUUCUGAAUACAAGAAGACUGCUGCUGAGUGGCUCCUUAAAACAAAAUGUCACUAAAGGUCUCACCCUGGCAUUGCGACAAGCUUUCAAUCAAAAUGUCAAUGCACAAAUAGAAAUUCUGGAACAGUCAAACAACGUGACAGUUGGUUACUAUGUUACUCAGGACAGACUGGUUUUCAUACCUACUGUGGUUAUCGAAAUGCUAAUUGCUUAUGGUGUUACUAAUGCCACUUUAGAUAUUAGGAAACAUGUGCCAAAUCUUCAUUCUGUUGCUGUGUUAGCCUUGCCAUGGAACCCACUGCCAGCGUACCAUUUUCAGCUGAAAACAGAAUUGCAGUUUGUGGAUCAAUCAGACAACAUACAGUCAUGCAGAUUUGUUCAGACUAUGGAACAGAGAUUGCAGAAAGCAUUUCAAGACGCUGAGAGGAAGGCCUUGAAUACCACUAGCAAGUUAAGUGUUCAGAUCCUGAACACAUCAAACGUUUCUCAGGCUGUCACUCUGUUUUAUGUGGUGAGAAAUGAAAGUACAGUCUUAAAUGGCACAGUGUCAAGCAACCUUCUUAAUCAGCUUUCAGCAGAACUGGUGGGAUUCUAUCUCACUUACCCACCUUUAACUAUUGCUGAAGCAUUGGAAUACCCAAAUCUCGAUACUUCAGAAGCAACUAGAGAUUACUGGGUGAUUACAGUUAUACUGGGAGUUGACAUUACAUUGCUGGGGGUGAAUAACCAGAGUUUUACAAGACUCAUGGAGCAACGUUUAGCAUCACUGUUCAUGAUGUCUCAUCAACAGGGAAGACGAUUUAAACGAGCCACUACUGUUGGCAGCUACACUGUGCAGAUGGUAAAAAUGCAACGAAUUCCAGGUCCCAGGGAGCCUGCUGAAUUGACUUAUUAUACUUUAUACAAUGGGAAACCUUUGUUGGGCACAAUAGCUGCCAAACGUUUGAGCACAGUUGAUUCACAACGGAUGGCCUUGACCCUAGGAUAUGUUGUUCAAGUACAAGCUGAUCCUGUAGUUAAAAAUCCACCCAACAAUUUAUGGAUCAUUGCAGCAGUGUUGGCUCCCAUAGCAGUUGUUACAGUCAUCAUCCUUAUCAUCACAGCUGUUCUAUGCAGGAAGAACAAAAAUGACUUCAAGGCAGACACCAUGAUGAACUUGCCACAAAGAGCCAAGCCAGUUCAAGGCUUUGACUACGCCAAGCAACAUUUAGGCCAACAAGGGGCUGAAGAUGAUGUUUUGCCUGUCACCCAAGAGACAGUAGUAUUGCCUCUUCCUGUGAGAGAUGCUCCUGCAUCCCAGGAAAGGGAAAUUGUUCAGGAUGGGAACACAGCAAAAACUGCCAAGUUCAAUGACAUAAGAAAGAGCCGGUCGCUGAGUGAGAAUGGUUCUGUCAUCAGCAACGAAUCAGGGAAGCCCAAUUCAGGCCGAGGCUCUCCACAGAAAGUAACGGCACAGCAGAAAGUGACAAAAGAGGAGGGAAGAAAGAGAAAUGUGCCUCUAAGUGAUGAAGAGGAUGGAAGCAUGCUGUUUGAUAAUGUGACUAAAUCUGCCAUUGACCCCUUUGACACGUCUUCCGGAUCUGUACAGUUGAUUGCGAUAAAACCUGUAGCUUUGCCUCCUGCACACCCAGCAACAGACAGGAGCCAAGAAACAGCUGUCCUUAAUGGGGAGAUUAACAAAGCCUUGAAACAGAAGUCUGAUAUAGAACAUUAUCGCAACAAAUUGCGACUGAAAGCUAAGCGGAAAGGCUAUUAUGAUUUUCCUCAAAUUGAUAACAAGGGUUUGGCAGACAGAAAAAAGAUGUAUGAAAAAGCACAAAGUGAAAUAGACCAUAUUCUGGAUCCUGAUACAGAUGGAUCCUCUCCAUUUGUAGAGCCCAAAAACAGGCAACAAAUGAAGAGCUCAGUUUACCGAAGCAGACAGUCUUUGAAUAGCCCUAGUCCAGGAGAAACUGAAAUGGAUCUUCUAGUUACACGUGAAAGACAGAGACGUGGUAUCCGCAAUAGUGGAUAUGAUACUGAGCCUGAAAUGAUAGAAGAAACAAAUGUUGACCGUGUCAAUGAACCUCGAAAUUAUACCAGAGCCCAUCAAGCAAAAGGCCAUUCAGAGACUUCAACUCUGAGUUCUCAGCCAUCUAUUGAUGAAGUCAGGCAACAGAUGCACAUGUUACUAGAGGAAGCCUUUAGUUUGGCUUCAGCAGGUCAUGGAGGACAGAGCAGGCAACAAGACACUUACAAUUCUGCACAGAAUUUGCCAUACUCUGAAGUUGUGACCAGUGCUCCUGGUACCAUGUCUCGGCCUAGAGGUGGAAUACAGUGGGUGCCAACAUAUAGACCAGAAGUGUAUCAAUACAGUUUACCACGACCUGCAUACAGGUUUUCUCCACUACCUGAAAUGGUGAUGGGUUCUCCACCUCCUCCUGUGCCUCCCAGGACAGGACCUGUUGCUAUAACUUCUCUCAAGAGGUCAACUUCCGAUAUUGGCAGCAAGACAAGAGUAUCAGAGUCCAGUGGGACUGAACAGAUACAGCCACAUGAUCAUGUCCCUUUUGUCCCAGUGUCAAAAGCCCCAGUAACUGUGGCUCCAUUGGAUCAAUCAGCUUUGAAUUACUCAGGAAAUACAGUUCCAGCAGUAUUUGCCAUCCCAGCAGCAAACCGACCUGGGUUCACAGGUUAUUUCAUCCCAGCACCACCUACAGCAUACAGAAAUCAGGCUUGGAUGUCUUAUGCUGGAGAGCAUGAUUUACCAGGACAAUGGGCUGACUCG